AUGGGCAACGCAACAACCAAGGACAAGGACUCGCCCCGGGCUUCCCGGCGCGGGUCCACCAUGCGGGGCCGGGAUGAGGGUGCACCGCCCUCACGCGUGCUUACCUCGCAAGCACCACCGUUUCCGCCGGGUCCCGAUACCCUGCCCGUGCCCUCGCCCUCGGCGGCCAUGGCCAUUCCGAGGGGUACCGGCCCUGCUGUCAGUGCCACCAGUCCGCCAGAUGGUCGCAGUAGCUCUCCUGGUGAUCGCCAUGCCCUCAACAUCUUUGGUUCUCCCCUUCUCUCUCCAACGGUGGCUGAUACCGCCAUUCCGCCGCUUCAAGAUGAGGUGUCGAGCUCUGCGCCGCCCCGCAUCGGUGACGACGCCGGUGAUGGCGGUAAACAAGAAAUCACCGUGACGUGGACCCACGGUGGUCAGGACAUUCGCAUCGCUGGAACCUUCAACCAUUGGGGCGAUCCUGUGAAGAUGACACGUCGUCCGGACGGUGUCUUUGAGGCAAAGUUGUUGUUGGCACCGGGCUCGUAUGAAUACAAGUUUAUUGUUGAUCGGGAGUGGAAGCAUGAUGCCCGGCUACCUACGCUCCGCAACUCUUUUGGCUCGGUGAACAACUUGCUCCAGGUGGCUCUGGCCCAAACCGAACUGCCGCACGAUGCCCUGACCGACUCCUUUGCUGAUAUUCGCGAAGACAUGGCUGAAGGACGUGCGGGCUCACCCCCCGGUUCCUACGGCCAAAAAGUGCCCGACCUUCGCAACGCCAAGCCCCCGCCCCGCUUGCCUCCACAGCUUCUACAGUGUCAGCUCAACGCUGAUCCGCCCAACAACGAUCCAACACAGGUCAAGCCCCCAAAUCACGUCAUGCUGAACCACCUCUACGCCCUCAGCAUCAAGGACAACGUCAUUGUCAUGGGUGCCUCCCAUCGCUACAAGCAGAAAUUUGUCACCACCGUCAUAUAUAAGCCCCUGUCCACAGAUUGA